GCACGAAUCUUGUAUGCGUUACAUGCAUCUAUCUGAGCAUUCAGUCUGUUAUAGUUUUUAGUAAAAAGAAAUUUACAAAAAAAAGGUUUUAUAAUGGACAGUGAACAGACAUGACAGACGAGGUUGUUGCUGCAUAAAAUUCAAUAGCAUAAUGGAUAUUACUAUGGAUACAAUGCACAGUAAAAUUGUUUUUCAGACAUUGUCCAACCUUUCACUCGGCACUGCUAGAAAAAAUGUGUUCACUCUAUGAAAUGGUGUGACAGCUAAGAGCAACGAUAAAAGGUUCUCGGAAUUAUACUGCAUUCCUCUCUCUCCUGUGUCAUUGCAAGGACACUUUGUAGAAAAUCGCUGAAGCUAAAAUAAUACCUGACACUAUAGACUUCUGCACGUACUUCAUAUCUGGAUGUGUUUUAAAAAAAAUAUUUAAAAUGGGUUGCGGAAGCUCACAGAGUGCAUCAACGUCAAGCCUCGGGUCAAAUGAUAAACUCAAACCAGAGAAAUCGCCGUCAUCUUUACGGGAAAAAGUCCUGAUUUCCCAGAGUGAGUCCAAAAUACGAGAUAGCCAGUCAUUGGAAGGUGACAACGGACAAAGACCAGACAGUAGAAGCACGGGGAGAGAUAGCGGUAUAGAUAGCGCUAAGACAACUGAUGGUAGUAGUAGGAGAGCCGGCAGGCAGACCACAGAUGACGGAAGCCAGUCAAGACAAAACGAAGUUCCUACUCCUGUUGCCUUUGAAGUCGUCGUCGGAGAAACCAAGGGUCAAAGUAUAGUGAAACAACAUCCGCCAAAACGAUUACAGAUGAAGAUGGUGGAUGAUGAAGACCGUAAAGUUACAGCUGAAGAUUUAGCCACGAGACAAAAACUUGUUGAAGAGAGGAGGUUUCAGGAGCUACAGAAGCGAGCGCAGAGUGCUAAGCGGACAUCAAGAAGACGUAAAGAUAUCUUAGCAGCCAAAGAGUUUGACACCAACCAAACCACUGAAGCACAACAAAGGAGGCUUGAAGACAAGAUUACAUCCGCAGAGAAGAACAGAGCGAGACAGAGCGCUGAACUCCAAGCAAAACAAAGGAUUCGAGAACUAAAAGCAUCGCAGGCGCGGGAGAAGGCAAAACGUCUCAAUCAAAAUCUUGAAGAUGAUAUGAACUUUGAUGUGGAGAAAGAUGAGACGUUUAAUGCAGACGAUGCUGACUCCUGGUUGGAUGGAACAAACAACAACCCCUUAACCAUCAAGGGCUCAGCGUCCACAAACAACUCAGAAAGAAUUUACGACGGGCGUAGCAGUCCAACAAAGAAAUAUCACCCUCUAUCGAGUGCUGAGGUGAGAAAGAGACAACACAGCCUCGGCAGUGAUAGCGAGGAUGAUGAAGGGGCAGCGGGGAGUCAGUGGGCCAGCCAUGCAACUGCCAACGCUGAUACCCAAGAUACCUUCUUUGAUGACUAGCUGCUUAAUAAAGGCACAGGACACUUUUGGCAAUGACUCAAAAUAAUUGUUCGCAUAAAAACUUAAUUUGGUACUGAGCAUUGGAGAGCUGUUGGCAGUAUUAUAAGACACUGUGAGAAAAAGUUCCCUCUGAUAAUGUAGUUUUUUAGAGAGAGAGGUAAUUUCUCACUCAAAUAAUAAAUAA